ACAUUUUUCAGGUUAUUUUUUUCGAAUCAACUAGAGUGUUGUUAAUUCUUGGGAAUAAAAGAAAUAUUUCACUUACACAGUAUUGGCUAAGGAAAGGUGUAUAAUUUGAUUCUCACGUCUUACAUUAUUUGCGCAUAAUUACAUCACACAAAAAUGACUAUUCGAAACUGGCAGCACUAACAUCACCGACGACUAAUUUUCGGAAGCACUGAGUAUUCGGAACAGCUGUGAUUUGUGAACUGUCAAAUUUUGUUGAUAUACCGUUCGAUUUGUCACAAUUAUUCUGGCGCGAUCAAUAUUUUGAUUCUGAUAUUUGUGUAGCUUUUGGCCAUUGUGGACUAACCAAACAUCUGCUAUUUUUGCCAACUUUUUAGUGCAUCAUAAUGGACCUUCAUUUUGAACCAGAUGGUGACUUAAUCGAUAUCCACGAAGAUGGAUGCCUUACUUUUGAACCUUAUCCCACUGAAUGGGACCUGAAAAAUAUUUGUUUUACAAAGGCUGCCGACAAUCGAACCUUUGAUUUUACAAUAUCCUCAUUGAAUAAUUCGAAAAAAUAUAAUGGGACCACGCAUCUCGAGGCAGGCGAUCCCAAAAUCCAGCGCUUUGAAGUGAUUGAUAGCUGGGGCGAUUAUGAAGAUCCAUAUGAAAUACAGUUGACAGAUAUUCAUCUGCUAUCCAAUGAGGUUUUCUGUGACGGAUACAAAUUAUUCUUUCUAGAAUUCAUAGGUGGAUCAAUAAUUUCGUCCGCGGUCGGUGGAGGUGGGGUAUCGAUAGCUCCAACGGUUUUAAAGACGUUGGUUGGAUAAAAAAAUAGAUUUUAAUAUACUAAGUCAUAUAACUGCUGUUUUAAGAUAAAACGACGUAUCGCAUUGUUUGUGUGCUUUGUAGAGCUUUCGAAAGCGCUGAGCUUUUUUUUAUUUCAUUGGAAAAUUGAUAUAUUUCAGUUGAAUACAAAAGAUACUAUUAAAUCAAAUGCAAUAAGUACUAUGUUUUAUCAUAACACUGCAGCAAUGCGAACGGUUCGUGACUGGUAAUUUUAAUUCGUAACUGAACCAAUAAAUGCAGAUAUAAAUGACCUGUUCCAACACAAAGAAUUUAAUAAAAAAUAAGCUUUGACCGACCAUAUUAUAAUCUAAACAAUGAUCUAAUUCUAUAUGUGACUUAAGAUUCAUCAAGCACCAAAUAGGUCGGAUAUAGAGUUAGGCAUUCAUUGUCUACCAAUGACCGAAGAAUGGUAUGGUAUUGUUUCCAAGUUAAGAGCAUGGUGCAUAUUUGCAACUAGUUAAAAUGGUUAUUUUCGUAACUUUAAGGUACACCCUGUACUGUCAGAAAAGCUUCAGGAAUGCCUCUACUUCCAAGAAAUAUCGGCGCUAUCAAAUAAAUAAAUAAUAAGACAUUUUAACAGUACACUUCUUGCAUUGAAAUGACAAUUAGAUGAAAAAAGUGAUCAGACUGAUGAGACUUCGAUGUUUUUUUUUGAGUAUUUCCCUACGAAAAGAUUUGUCUUAGAUGCCAAUGCCACUAGCAAUUCGUUACUCAUUACUUAUCAUUGCAAAUAAAUAUAAUUCCAUUAUAAUCCUUAUACAAAACUGUCAUAAUAUGGGUUAGAAAUAAAAAUCACUGUUCCUCAGUAAGCACAAUAUAUACCAUAUUCAGAACCACCCUAUAACCUUUAUUGCAUUUGAAACGCCCUAUAUUCAUAGAGAAUUUUCCGGGCAACAAUAAUUGAGAACAUUAUAAUGAUCAAAAAAUAUUAUUUCUACCUGAAAUGUGAAAAAAAACAGUGAAAAUAUUGGUGUUAAAAAAUAUUUUCUGACUUUGACCGCAUUUUUG